UUGAAGUAUCCAGUAAAUGUCACACAUUAAUCAAUUUUGAAAAUAUACAAACUCCCCUAAGACAGUGAACCACAUUGAAAUGGAUUUUACAAUGCAGCUUCGACGCGUUCCCUCAAAAACAAAAAUAAAGUUGACAAAUUCAAAAAAAUCAUGCAAGAAGCGAAAACAACAGAAUUGCAGAAAGAACGACAAGUGUGUGUGUAUGCCGAUGCAGCUUAGCACCUUCGAAUUUCCCCGAAUUUGGAAAGAACUGCGUCUCAAAAACCAGCUUUGCGACGGGAUCGUCCACUGUGUCGACGGCACCGAAUUCAAAAUCCACCGAGCCAUCCUCUCGGCCGCCAGCCCCUACUUUCGAGCCCUUUUCACCAACUCGAUCAAUCGCGGCCAGCCCGAAACCUACGAGGCCAACGUGAGCAUCCCGGGGAAAAUUUUCGCACUGCUCCUGGACUUUGCCUACACGGGGAGUUGCUCGAUAAGCUCCUCGAACGUGGAGAACUUGCUCAAGUUUGCCGACAGAUAUGAGAUCCUCGGAGUGGUCCAAAUGUGCUGCAGGUAUUUGCUGGAUGAAUUAAGUCCGACGAAUUGCUUGGGGAUUUUGCACUUUGCCAAUCAGUAUUUCUGCAGCGAUUUGGUGAAGCGAGGACAAAGAUUUGUCAAACAUAACUUUGCCAAAGUUUUGGCCGAAAGCAGCGAAUUUGUCCAUCUGGACAAGAACGAACUCAAGGAGAUCAUAUCUGACGAUGAAUUGAAUAUAAAACAUGAGGAAAUUGUUUUUGAUGCCAUUAUGAAGUGGAUCAAUUUUUGUCCAAACAGUCGGAAAAUUCACUUCUUUGACUUGCUGAGGUGUAUCAGAUUUGGAAAUAUGUUGAGGGAGAAUAUUCUUAUAAUAUCCAAACACCAAUUAGUUGAAGAAAAACCUGAAUGUAAAGAGUACAUGGAAAAAGUUGUUGUUCAGACUGAACUUGUCGCUUAUCCAGGGAAAGUCGAUGUUAACAAUAUCCUGUUUCGUCCUAGAAUCUCCUACGAUGUUCUUUUCGCAAUUGGGGGUUGGAGUGCAGGAAGUCCGACGAAUUUUGUCGAAACUUAUGAUAUUCGAGCUGAUCGAUGGCUCCUCUCUUCAGACACAGAUUCCUUUCCUAGAGCUUAUCAUGGGUUGUGUACCUUAAAUGGGAUCAUUUAUGUGAUUGGAGGCUUUGAUGGGAACCAAUAUUUCAACACAGUUCGGCGAUUUGAUCCAGUGAACCAUACGUGGAGCGAAUGUGCAUGUAUGUACCAUCAUCGGUGUUAUGUGAGUGUUGUAAUGGCCGAUGGCAAGAUAUAUGCAAUGGGAGGGUAUAAUGGGAGAAACAGGAUGAACACAGCCGAAAGAUAUGACUCAAUGAAAAAUCAAUGGGAGAUGAUUCCCCCGAUGCAGAAGCAAAGGUCGGAUGCCAGUGCUGCCACUCUAAACGAAAAAAUUUACAUAGUUGGGGGCUUCAAUGGCCAGGAAGUGAUGCGAUCAGCUGAAGUUUUCGACAUAAAGACAAACCAAUGGUCUUACAUCCCUCAAAUGAUAUCGGCGCGAUCCGGAGUUUCAUUGGUGGUUUACGAUAACACUUUGUAUGCACUGGGGGGUUUUAACGGUUACGUGAGACUCACAAGUGGUGAGAAAUACAUUCCCGGAGAGUCUCCAUGGUGGACGGAAAUAUCGGAGAUGAUGACACCUCGCAGUAAUUUUGCUACGGUUAUCUUAGAUGACUACAUCUAUGUCAUAGGAGGGUUCAAUGACAACUUCGUGUCAGGUUCCUCGACUAUCAACUUUGUGGAGUAUUACGAUCCGGAAGCUGAUGACUGGUAUGAUGCUUCACCAAUGAAUUUGAACAGAUCGGCUUUGAGUGCUUGCGUUAUUAGUGGAUUACCUAACACCAAAGAUUAUUCUAUAUUGGGACGAAGUCAACAGGAAUGGGGACAAGGAGCUGAAAUUGGGACGAAUUAAAUUAAUGUGUUCGAAGAUUGAAAAUAUGUGGUUCUUGCCUUUUUUAUCUAUACUUGUUUAUUUUUUAAAUUUGUCAGUUUUACACAAUAAAUGUAACAUUUGAUA